AUGCCUCCACCCAGUAAAAAUCACAAAAAUGAUUGUUAUGACAACAAACGUACAUUGAGGCCGAGAUAUAAUCCGCCCUCAAUAUCGAUACCUAAUACCAGUAGUGAUGAUUCAUUUAUGGAUACUACUGGCGAUGAGAAGAACAGAGAUGAAACUUAUGUUCCAGUUGCAUAUGACGAUAAUACGGACAGUUCAUAUCUAAACGACGACUUGUCGGCUUCUUUGAAGGAUAUGUCUAAUUGCACCCGAGAUUUGACUUCUGGAAGUAUUUCAUUAGAACUGAACACCGAUGAAAUACAUUUGAUAGACCAAGUUGUUAGUAAUGUCACCAUUGGAGAUACCGAACAUAUUCUUGUUGAAAAUAGUGACAAUUCAAUAAUCGAAAAUUCUGACACCAACAAUAUUUCAGAGUUAUCUAAUUACCACAUAGAUAUGUAUAUUCCAGCAAUAGAAAGUAAAGAAUCAUAUAUUACAAAAAAACAUACGGUUACUAGUCAAUCAAUGCUACCAUGUCAGACUAUUGAUGCUUCAAAUAAAUUGGAGCAGUCUCAGUACCAUGAAAAUGUAUUGGUUCCAACAAUUGAAAGUGUAGACCCGUAUGUAAGCAAAAAUCAUACCGUAACAAGUCAGUCUUCAUCACCAGGUCAGAGCUCUAAUCCUUCGAUACGAGACCUAGUACCCACAACGUCGACAUAUACAGCUGAUAAUGAUAGUCCCAGUUCUUAUGACAGCCAUCACUCAGACUACUUAGAAAUUGAUAAUAGUGACCAAGAUGAAACAUACCAUCCUGCAUCUACUCCAACGUAUUCCGACUCUUCAAAUGAGGCUAGUUUUAAAGAAGUAGCAGGAGAUAGCUUGAUAAAUACUAAGGGUAUAUCACCUAUAAGAUGUUUAAGAGGAGACAAAAAAAUAUAUGUGGAACCCAUGAGUAGUGCUGAUUAUUCUGAAGUAAUAAGUUCCAAUGAAUCAGGAAAAAAGAAAAAAAGAACAAGAACCAAAGAUUAUUGCUUUUAUUGUGAAACUGAUGUUUUAAAUUUUGCGAGGCAUAUUGCACGGAAUCACACCAUGGAAUGCGAGGUACAAAAAAUCCUAUCAUACCCCAAGAAAAGUUAUACUCGAAAAAAUUUAUUGACUAACUUACGUAAAAAAGGAAACUAUAUAAAAAACGUGACAAAAUGUUGUAAACCAAUGAAAAAAAGCAGCAUUUAUCCGGAUAUUGACUACUUGCCAUGUGAAAAAUGUUUGGGUUUUUACUCGAGAAAACAACUGUGGAAACACAAAAAAAGAUGUCAACCAUUAACUGAAACUGCUAAUACCCAAGUUGAUGCUCAAAAUUUUAUGUUGCGUCAUCUGAAAGUAGAUAAAAAACUUAGAGAAGAUGUAUUUCCCAAAAUGAGACCAGAUAAAAUAUCUCUAGAGGCUAAAAAAGACCCACUGAUUUGUGCAUUCGGUGCUCAAUAUCUGCGGAUACACCGUGAAAAACAUUUUAUCAAUGUAACAUCUAGAAAAAUGAGAGAAUUGUCAAAAUUGUUAAUAGAAUUAAAAAAGCUCAAACCGUCUAUUAAGGAUUUAAUGGAUUCAUUGAAACCACAAAACUACGAUGUGAUAGUAACUGCGACCAAAAAAGUAUCCAGUUACAAUAAUCAAACAGAUCGCUAUGGUGCUCCUACAUACGCAAUGAAUAUUAGCACAAGCCUAAAACAGUGUUGUAAUAUUGCAAUAAUGGCGACUUUGAAAUCUGAUAGCAGUGUAAAAACUGCUGUCAUUGAGGCUGAUCUCAAGACACUCAUACAUCUGAUUGAGUCAAAUUGGAAGUUUGACGUUUCCAGUCAAGCGAGUAAUGACUUAAAUUUAAAAAAAUGGAACAAAGUCACAAUUGUUUCACUUGCGAGUGACUUAAAAAUGCUAAAGCAAUAUAUCUGCGAGAAAGCUAAAUCAGCAGCCUCCAAAUUAGUAGAGAGCGAAAACAGUAACAUUGAAGCAUAUGUUACGUUAGCGGAGACAAUUUACUGUCGCAUACUUUUAUUAAAUAGGCGUCGACCUGGAGAACUGCAGCGGCUUCUCCUUAGCACAUACCAAGAGUGCCAUAAUAAUAGUAAUGCCUAUGAAGAAUUUGGUAGAGCUAUUUCAGAUGCUGAAAAAAUGCUUAUUAAAUCUUUUAAGCGUAUAGUUAUAAGAGGUAAAAGGGGCCGAGGUGUGCCGGUUCUACUGACUGACGAAGUGCAAGCCGACAUUGACUUACUUAUAUCUAUCAGACAGAAAUAUAUUAGUAAUAAAAACCAGUUCCUAUUUGCAAAGCCUGGGUCGGAAAACACAUUAUGUGGGUAUAAAGUAUUGGAGAAGUAUGCUAAUGCUAGUGGAGCUAAAAAUCCUACAGCAAUAACCACUACCAAGUUACGGAAACAUUUGGCAACGCUUACGCAAAUGUUUAAUAUGAAAGAAACCGAUAUUGAACAACUGGCUAAUUUUAUGGGUCACACUCAGGCUGUGCAUAGGCAAAACUAUAGAUUGCCUGAUGAUGUGUAUCAGACAGCUAAAUUAUCCAAACUCUUGCUGCUAAUGGAAAGUGGUGACGCUGAUUAUUACAAAGGCAAAUCUUUGGAUGAUAUUGAUUUAGAUUUAGAACAAGAUUUAUUACAAGAUACGCACGAAGACAUUGAUCAAAAUGAUGAAAUAAUGGAAUACGAAGCUGUAAUGCCUACAGAAAACCUAAAUGAGCCGAUUAUUGACGCCAAUGUGCAUGACAGUACAUUAAAGACACCUCAGCUUUGUGAUAUUACGAAUUCUACUGAAAAUAAAACUAAGAAGAAACGAAACUUGAUUCCUUGGACAGCACAACAAAAAAAUAUUGUUACAAAGUUUUUUAGCAAACACAUAAAAAGUCAAGUACCACCAAAACGCCAUGAAUGUGAAGAACUGCGUGAUCUACAUCCUGACAUUAUGCACAACAAAGAUUGGUUGAAAAUUAAAGUUUUCGUACAAAAUGCCUACACAAAAGGAAAGAAAUAG